AUGGAGCAAUCGGACAGCCAUCUGACGGCGAAGCAGUUCAUACCACCAAGCGUCCCCGCAGCCCAUCUUACCGCAGACAAUGACGCGGCAGCCCGGCAGUUGGUGCUUGCUACAGGAUAUGAGCUGGCAGACUACAGUGGUGGGAACCAGGGGAUUUGUGCGGAGGCUGACAACACGGAAGAAGGAGAAGAGGAGGAAGGGGACGAAAUAGAGAUUAAGAUGGAGGAAGACGUGGAUGAAAAGGGCAGAUCCAGACGCGGAUGA